AUCAUCCUGAAGGCUGCGAAAUGAAUCUGUGCUGUCUGUCCAAACCGCAGGUGCAUCAAUAUGUAGGUGUGGUUUAAAGAACAGACUUGAAGGUUUUAGUGAAUUUCAUUAACACGUUUACGAUCGUUCAACGCCUCAAUAUCCCCAUCUCGUGUUCCUCUAUGCUUUUUUCGCUCUUUCGCACAGAGGUCCUUUGUCAAUGCGUCUUUCAAUUUCUGUAGCUUUUCCCCAGACGAGUUAUUUUGCUGGAGGAUCGCGCAUUGACAUUGUUUGGAUCUUUCCUUGUUUGGAGAUGACAGGUCAUUUUAAGGCAAGCGGGAAACCAGAGUGAGUUGCCAUGGCGGCAGGAGUGGCUGCAUGGCUUCCCUUCGCCCGGGCAGCAGCUAUCGGCUGGAUGCCUGUGGCCAACUGCCCCAUGCCUAUCGCUCCUAGAGACCACACAAAGAGACAUGAUGAGCUGAUCAUCCUGAAUGUGAGUGGACGACGCUUCCAGACCUGGAGGACCACACUGGACCGCUACCCAGACACCCUGCUGGGAAGCUCAGAGAAACAGUUUUUUUACGAUGAGGAGACCAAAGAGUAUUUUUUCGACCGGGACCCAGACUCCUUCCGUAGCAUUCUCAACUUCUAUCGGACGGGCAAGUUGCACUAUCCACGCUAUGAGUGCAUCUCGGCCUACGACGAAGAGCUAACCUUCUUCGGCAUCAUCCCGGAGAUCAUCGGUGACUGCUGCUAUGAAGAGUACAAGGAUCGGAAGCGGGAGAAUGCUGAACGUCUCCAGGACGACCAGGAUGACAACAAGGACUGCAAGCUGCCCAACAUGACAUACAGAGAGACCAUGUGGAGGGCCUUUGAGAACCCUCACACCUCCACCAUGGCCCUGGUGUUCUACUAUGUCACCGGCUUCUUCAUCGCCAUCUCAGUCCUCACCAACGUGAUAGAGACGGUUCCGUGCGGUGCCACGCCUUCCCAGAAGGACAUGCCAUGUGGCGAGCGCUACACCGUAGCCUUCUUCUGCAUGGACACGGCCUGCGUCCUCAUCUUCACCAUAGAGUACCUCAUGAGACUGUUCGCCGCGCCCAGCCGUUACCAAUUCAUGCGCAGUGUGAUGAGCAUCAUCGACGUGGUGGCCAUCUUUCCCUACUACAUUGGCCUGGUGAUGACAGACAACGAGGAUGUGAGCGGAGCCUUCGUCACACUCCGUGUGUUCCGUGUGUUCCGCAUCUUCAAGUUCUCCCGCCACUCGCAGGGCCUCAGGAUCCUGGGGUACACACUGAAGAGCUGCGCCUCGGAGCUGGGCUUCCUCCUCUUCUCCCUCACUAUGGCCAUCAUCAUAUUCGCCACCGUCAUGUUUUAUGCAGAGAAGGGAUCGUCGUCGACCAAGUUCACCAGCAUCCCAGCCUCCUUCUGGUACACCAUUGUCACAAUGACCACGUUGGGUUACGGGGACAUGGUGCCCAAGACGAUCGCAGGGAAGAUCUUUGGUUCUAUCUGUUCUCUGAGCGGGGUGCUGGUAAUCGCCCUGCCCGUUCCCGUCAUCGUGUCCAACUUUAGCCGCAUCUAUCACCAGAACCAGAGAGCUGACAAACGGCGUGCUCAGAAAGUACAGAAAGCCAGACUGGCCAGGAUAAGAAUAGCCCAGGCGGGCAGCUCCUGCACGGGAUUCCUCCAGAGCAAACGCAACGACCUCCUCAACGACCUGCUGGAGCUCACGCAACAACCUUACAAGCAAAACAAUAUCCACGAGGGCUCAGACGAUGAGGAACUGCUGCUCAGCAAGAGCAUGUCAUUAUUAGAGAGUCAACACCACCAUCUAUUGCACUGUCUGGAGAAGACCACUGCCCAUGAGUUUAUGGAUGAGCAGCUGUAUGAACAGAAUUGUCUGGAGACCACGGUCCAGAGCUACACCUCCCGUAGCCCCUCCCUCUCCAGCCAGGACAGGCCCAUAGGCACCUGCUGUACCCGCCGGGUGAAGAGGAGCUCCCCCCUGCCCAACUCCAGCAUGCCCCUCCAGCCCAGCCAUCAGCAUGGGCCGCUACAGGAGCUCAGCGCCCUCCGCAUCCAGUGCGGGGACAAGCUACCCCCCACCACCAGUCGCUCUAGUCUCAACAUGAAGACAGACGAGGUGGGUCUGUUCAACUGCAAGGGCGGUCAGAUCACCACGGCGAUCAUCAGCAUCCCCACGCCCCACUCUGCCACCCCGGACGGGGACGGUCUUCACGGACCCCCCCAGCGCAUACCACCCCUUCCCCCCACCAGCCCAGAGGCCGCCAGUAUUAACACCACAGCCAGCUCCACUGUCUUCAAAGUGUCCGCUCUGUGACUGUGUGACUGACCCACUCGACAGACUGACUGAGCAGGAGGAGAGGUGAAGAGAGGCUUUCACUAGAACUCUACCUUGAAGGACCCCUGUCGCCCGUUUCAGAGACAGAGAAAUGGGAGAGAACUCCCCGUGUACCAAGGAGUAUACAGCCUUUUAGGCAGCAAGCGGAUAGGCUAUACUGAGUGAAAUGCUGCACGGCAGCUGAUGGUAGAGUAGACUAUGAUAUGCUACGAUGUGUGCAUUUUGGGAAUAUGACAGGACAAAGGAAGUCACUGUGUCUUUGUGCACUUCGCACCUACAUAUUAUUGUUUUGAUCUGCCUACAGCUAAACCCUGAAUGUCUGAAAGAUGAGGAUGAAGACACCUAUUCAUGUUUUAACUUUAGGUUGUUAGGUCUUCUUUAUGUUUUGUGUUGUCUUAUCUAUUUUGUGUGUGUGUGUGUGUGUGUGUGUGUGUGUGUGUGUGUGUGUGUGUGUGUGUGUGUGUGUGUGUGUGUGUGUGUGUGUGUGUGUGUGUGUGUGUGUGUGUGUGUGUGUGUGUGUGUGUGUGUGUGUGUGUGUGUGUGUGUGUGUGUGUGUGUGUGUGUGUGUGUGUGUGUGUGUGUGUGUGUGUGAGAUACUUUUAUGAAAUGUUCAUAUUUUAGUGGGUUAUAACCUUACAUUUCCAUCUAUCCACAAUGUCCUUAAAAUCUAAACAACAUAAAUGCCUACUAGUACUCUGACAAAUGUUCCAUCAGACAUGCUACAGUAUUGCUGCUUUCCCAAAUCUGUCUCUCUCUCUCUCUCGCUAUUUCUCUGUCUCUCUCUCUCCCUUGCUCUCACUCUCUGUCUCUCAAUUUCAAUUUAAGGGGCGUUAUUGGCAUGGGAAACAUAU